ACAUCACACAUGUCUGCGGUCAACCCCGCAACGGGCCAGCCCCUCCCUGCUGAUGCCCUGCAACGGGUUCUCUUUCUCGCUCGCACCAUCCACGUCUACGCCGUUCCUCCCUUGACCUCGAUGAAGGGCUACACAGCUGCAGACUGGACUGUCCCUGAUGCCCAAACUGGUCAAACCCGCGAGAUUUUCACCGGUCGUCUGCGCGUCCUGGAGACAGCCAUUCAAGACCGUGUCACUGCCGACAUUCUGCUCGAGGACCCCAACACCGGUAGUCUCUUCGCUGCGGCACCAUACACCGAUGCCGGCGCCGUGGAACAUGUCCUAGACUCGUCGCGAUUCUUUGUUCUCCGCGUCGUCGGCGAGGGCAGGAAGGCGUCGCUGGGAAUCGGCUUCGAGGACCGCAGUGAUGCCUUCGACUUUGGCGUUGCGCUGCAAGAAGCGAGAAAGAUCCUGGGAAUAGCCGAGGCCACCACCGAGGGUACAGGGGCGGCUACUGCGCCGUCAAACACGGCGUCUGCAUCAUCGUUGCUGUCAUCACUAUCAACAGACCAGUCCGCAUCAGAGCCCCCGAAAGAUUACAGCCUCAAGCCCGGCCAGAGAAUCAGUGUCAACGUCGGUCGAAGACGCCCAGCAGCGCCGGAUACCUCAGAAGCAAAGAGUCCUGUCACAGCCGCGAGGGACGAGGAGCAGGCAUUGUUCUCGAUUCCGCCUCCACCGGCGCCGAUGGCAGGGACAUCGAUUGCGAUCGGUGAGCAGGGUGGUGGUGGUGGCGGUGGGCGACGACGAAGGCCGACUUCGACAAUCGUCGCAGCAGCCGAUGCCCCGUCAUUUGGGUUUGAGGAUUCGGCAACAUUCUAA